ACCAGCCAGGAGGGCAAAGUGCACCCUCGGCCUGGACGACCAUCAUUUCGGAGCAGAUUGUUUGUAACUUGACUCUUUUCUCUCGCGCCAGGUUGACUUGGAUCGUCGGACUUUGCACAAAGGCGCGUCUGUGCAGGUCAGGGCGGAAGUAACGGGGAGUAGUUUCCUCCUUUUUUGGUUUUCUGCCUACCUGAGAGCAGCCCGACGGAGGCAGGAGAGAAGAACAUCAGGUCCGUGACAUGGAAAUAAGUUUGAUGCGCACCUGAGCCGGUCUCGGACCUUCCAGCAUGGCCGUGAGUGCAAGCACACCUGCAGGCGUCGUCAUGUUCCUUCUGCUGCUGGUGACUACCGAGCUUGUGUGGGGAAGUUCUAAAAUUGUGUCGAGAGACUUCAGAUCCUACAACGCGACUGGGCCCGACAUCGCCGCCAUCGUGGCCCCCACGGUCACUGGCCUGCUGGCCGCGGUCCUGGCGGCGCUGGCGGCGUGGCUGCUGUGCGUGGUGAAGAAGAAGCGUCAGACGGAGGGCACGUACAGACCCAGCGCCGAGGAACAGAGCGGCACUCGGAGCUCGGCCGCCACGGACGUGCUGAAGUUACCCAAGGAGGAGAGACUCAUUUGACAUUGACCUUUGACCCCCCUGAGAAGAGCAUCAAAAAGGAGACGUGUUUACUGGCAUCGUCCAGCAGAUUCUGCCAACACUUUUUCAGUAUUUUAUAAACAUUUCCCCUUCUUUGGUCAGGAAGUUAUGUAGCACACAAAUAGUCAAGUUGUCACCUUGUCUAAAUGCUAAAUAAAAAGAAAAUACAACAAAUCCUUUUCAACUUAUAUUCAAUUAAAUCAGGGGUGUCCAAACUUUUUCCACUGAGGGCCACACUGAAAAAUCAAAGCGAGCGGGGGCCGUUUUGGUAUUUUUUUCAUUUAAAAACCAAUACAAUAAAUGUAUAAAAAAGUCUACAUUUAGUCCUCCGCCCAGGCUUGAUCCGGUCAAGCCAAAGGGUUUUGGGCAAAAAAAUAUAAAAAAUGUGUCAUUAUUCAGUAUUAUUAUUAUUAUUCAAAGUUUAAAUCUGUGGAUCAACAU